UAAUAAUAUAAACACAGCCCCGCUAUGCCAGACAACCAACGGAAACAUAUUCUAAUAUACGUAUCCUAUCCUAAUUUUCCUAGAUGACAUGGACGUUCAGUUGUCUUCACGCAGCAGUCAUUAAAGACGAAAACGACGACUCCUUAUUUUCAUAUCAAAUUUACCAAUGCUGUGCUAAAUGUGAAUUUCCAAACUUCUCACUCUGCACGCUCGCGGAUUAUCCGAAUUGGCAGUGUGGGAGUGAGGCUUAUGAUUGCGUGUUUGGAUGCCGUGAUGAGGACAGUGUGUUGGAAGCUGUGAUUUCUGCUUCUAGUCUGGGUAUGAGCAGGAAACGAGAAUUGAAUAUCACAGACACUCAGGUAAGGUAUACAUCAGGAUUUUGGGCAUCUAACUCGAUAUAAAUAAUUGUUACCAGGGAAAUGUAAUUAGCCAUUCCGAAGUUGAUGAGAGAUUGAGAGGACAGGGGACGAGUGUUAAAAAGUGCCCAAAUUAAGAAAUGAACCCAAUAACUAAAAAGACCACCUCAAAAUUAGUAAGUAUAUAAAGUUGAAGACGUUUACAUGAAUACCCUUCGAAUAAUAAGCGUUCGAAAAUUGUGAUAUUUACUAUGAAAUGUAUUGUAAUUUUUGUUUUUGGGACGCGCGUCCUAAAAACAAUCUUUUUUAAUCAGUAAUUUCACAAUUUUCGAAAGCUUAUUAUUCGAAGCGUAUUCAUGUAAACGUCUUCAAACUUUGUAUACUUACUAAUUUUGAGGUGGUCUUUUUAGUUAUUGGAUUCAUUUCUUAAUUUAGGCAUUUUUAACAUUCGUCCCCAGUCCACUCAUCAACUUCGGAAUGGCUAAUAAGCCUAUAGUUGCAUUUUUCGCAACUGCUCCUAGUUAGGUUUAAUAAAUGUAUAAAAAUUCCACUCAAAAUUUCCAUCUACAAAUCCCUUCAAGAACAAGGUAAGGUGGACGCAUUUUAUAUUUGUAACACUGUACAAGAUUUCAUCGCUUUUUUAUCAUGCAGUAAGAUUCCGUUAUGUCCAGACUAUUUUUUCGUACUACAAAAUUCUAAGAUCUUUCUAUCUGAGUUCAGGGAUUAUUGAGCCCUCAAAUCUUCAAUCUUAAUCUAGUGAUCAAUCUAGCCCUGCACAGACAACCUUGUCGUGUCAUUGCUUGCGAACCACUGCUUCUUACUCCCUUCUUCUUAAACGCAGAUCUGGUCCCAGACUCACUCAGGAUCGGCUGUCUAGUCCUCCAUUACUUUCUGUCCCUUGUCAUUUCUACUGUCAGUUGCUUGAUAUUUAGAUCUUCUUUCACAUAGCCUAUCCACAUCUGUCAUGGCUUCCUACCUAUCCUGCCCCAUGUUAUCUCCGCUCAAUAAUAUAUCUGAGUAGCAUUCCAUCUUUUCUUAUCACGAUCCCAUUUCAGCCGUAAUGUCUGCCACCCCACAUCUUCCGAUCUCUUCAUUCCAUAAUAACUCUGACCUGCUCCCAUUCAUCUUUUAUUAUUAGAUGUCUAUACCAUCUCAGUUUUGCUUUAUUCGUCUUCUCCGCAAUAUAUGCCAGCCAGUGGUGCCACCCCACAUCUUCCGAUUCUUCUUAUCCCUUCUCAUUAUGCAUGUGUCCAUAACAUGUCAUCUUUGCAAUGUUUACUUCCACAUUUUCUAAUAUCUCCAUUCCAUAAUGUCUCUAACAAGCUCUUCUUAAUUCCCCCUUGAUGCUUGUCCAUAUCUUGGUUCCCUCAUUUUUCAGCAAAGUUUACCACUUCACAUGUUCUUCAGAUCUCCUCAUUCCAUUAUGUCUCCGACCGACUUCCUUCAUCUCCUUCUACUCGAAUUAUUACCUGUUCAUAGUAUUCCAGUUUCUCUCCCCUUUUCUGCAAUGUCUACCACCACUUUCAUUCCUUGCAGGUGACUAAGGUAAGAAAACAAUUACGGCUCUUACGACGCGAGAAGAAAUGCUAUGAGAGAACGUGUACAGUUACAAAUGGAGUAAAAGAUUGCUGCUUGAAAAGCACGUGUGUCUCACUCAAGAGCCUUACAACAAAACUAGGCAAAGCAAAGAAGAAUCGUGAAAAACUGUUGAAAAAAUUGGCAAAGGCAAAAUCGACAACGAGAUAGGAAUGAGAGAACUGAAUUGAAAACUACUUUUUCUGGACAAUGUAUUUAGUUUUGAUUAUAACAGUUUCGUUUAGUUCAGAAUGGUUUUUAGUUUAUCAAGAGUGAGCUUCCACACAACAAAUUUGAUUAUGUAUCAUGCAUAAAUUUUACGUUACGAUCGAAUUGGAGAACAGCCUUUAUAGUCUUUGUGCAAGACUCGUGCUGAAAGACAGACAAGCACACACACAUACAAACGUGCAUGGAUGAUUAAAUUGAUUUAGAAAUAUAUAGCGUACCAAUUAAGUUGUUGUAAUCAUUAAUACGAAAAAUAUUAAUAUGAUUUGCGGAGAUAACGAUAUACGAAAGGUUUAAUUCUAAUGUGAUUUGGGAGUGUACUGUAUAAAUGAAAACGCACCUUUACCA